AUGAAGAAGAUGGGCCUGCGUCCGGGGGCGCGCUGCGUCGAGCCCGGCCGCGUGGUCAAGUACACGCCGUGCUCGAGGCAGCAGGACAUGCGGGACGCCGACGACCUGGACGAGAUCGCGGUGGUGAGCAGCAACGCGGCCCCCGAGAACGUCAAGUAUGGGGCGGGCGGCGGCGCCCUCACGGCCAACGGACCCAGGGUGGUCCCCGGAAUCAUCACCUCCGCUGGCGGUGAGCGCCUGGAGCGCCGGUCGUCGCCCAUGUACGGCGCCAGGUCCUCGGAGAACCUCAAGUCCGCCUCCCGGCAGUCCCUGCUCGAGACCGUCGCCGGCAAGCUACAGCACCGCGGCUCGGCCGAGGUCCGGGCGCGACCCAGCCUCGCCUUCAUCAACAGGGCGCACGUGAGUUCCGACCUUGAGAUCCCGAGAAAGACCCGCGAGCAGCGCCGCAAGGAGAUCAAGCGCGAGUUCGAAAAGUGGGAGACGUCCACGUCGGCGUCGGACCGCGCGCGCUGCAAGUGGACCUUCGUGUUCGACCCGUCGGGCCGGCUCUGCUACUACUGGUCCAUGGUGGUGAGCGUGGCCUUCCUCUACAACUUCUGGGUGAUAAUCUACCGCUUCUCCUUCUGUGAGAUCAGCGGCGCCAGCAUCUUCAUGUGGUUCGCGCUCGAUUACCUGGCCGACUUCCUCUACGUCCUCGACAUCCUGUUCCACUUCCGCACGGGAUUCCUCGAGGAGGGCGUCCUACAGACGGACUCCGAGAAGCUGCGCGCCCACUACAUGAACUCCACCAUGUUCUACAUCGACGCCCUGUGCCUGCUGCCGCUGGACUUCCUCUACCUGUCCAUCGGCUUCAACUCCAUCCUACGCUGCUUCCGCCUGGUCAAGAUCUACCGGUUCUGGGCCUUCCUGGACCGCACCGAGCGCCAUACCAAUUACCCCAACGUCUUCCGCGCCGUCAACCUCACCCACUACGUGCUCGUCAUCUUCCACUGGAACGCGUGUCUGUCGCACAUCAUCUCGACGACGGACGGCUUCGGAUCGGUCGGCUGGUUCCGGAGCAGCGCGUGCGACGCCAGCGACGUGCUGUGCGAGUACCUGCACGCGUUCUACUGGUCCACCCUGGCUCUCACCACCAUAGGCGACCUGCCCAGGCCAAGGACCAAGGGAGAGUAUCUCUUCCUCGUGGUCCAGAUUGUGCUGGGCCUGUUUCUCUUCGCGGCUGUGCUGGGACACGUCGCCAACAUCGUCACCAACGUGAGCGCCGCCCGAAAGGAGUUUCAAGGUAGGUGCUAG